GGGCGGGGAUCUGGGCAGCGACCGAGGCGGCAGCCGCGCCCCGGGCCCGCCGCCCCCUCCCCUCCCGCGAGGGGCGUCGCUGCAUGGGGCCGGGGGGGCGGCCCUGCUGCGCGGAGCGGCGGCGGCGGCGGAGCCCCCAAGCGGGCUGGGGCUGAGCGCGGGGCCGGGGCGGGGGCUCCGGGGGGACCAUGCCCGGAGGCCGGCCGGCCGCAGCAUGGCUCACGGGCCCGGCGCGCUGAUGCUCAAGUGCGUGGUGGUCGGCGACGGGGCGGUGGGCAAGACGUGCCUGCUCAUGAGCUAUGCCAACGACGCCUUCCCCGAGGAGUACGUGCCCACCGUCUUCGACCACUACGCAGUCAGCGUCACCGUUGGGGGCAAGCAGUACCUCCUGGGACUCUAUGACACAGCUGGACAGGAAGACUAUGAUCGUCUGAGGCCUUUAUCUUACCCAAUGACUGAUGUCUUCCUCAUAUGCUUUUCUGUGGUAAAUCCAGCCUCAUUUCAAAAUGUGAAAGAGGAAUGGGUACCUGAACUUAAGGAGUACGCACCAAAUGUACCCUUUCUAUUAAUAGGAACUCAGAUUGACCUCCGAGAUGACCCUAAAACUUUAGCAAGACUGAAUGAUAUGAAAGAAAAACCUAUAUGUGUGGAACAAGGACAGAAACUAGCAAAAGAGAUAGGAGCGUGCUGCUACGUGGAAUGCUCAGCUUUAACCCAGAAAGGACUGAAGACUGUUUUUGAUGAGGCUAUCAUAGCCAUUUUAACUCCAAAGAAACACACAGUUAAAAAAAGAAUAGGAUCAAGAUGUAUAAACUGUUGUCUGAUUACGUGAGAAACAUCUUCAGUGGCCAAGGCAACUAUUUCUUUCAGAAGCAUUUGAAAUGCUACGGCUAUACCCAGACCUGUCAUAAUGAAGCAGUUUAAAACUUGGGAAGGAAAUGGGUCCUCAAAAUUCUAUGAAGUUGAUUAAGAAUGUUUCUUGAAGGUCUAAGAAGUAGCAAACAGCAUCCGAAUUCACAACCUAUUAUAAAUACUUUAUUUCCACUAGAAGGUACAAUCUCUCAGGGGUUUCAUAGUUUAAAAAGCUACAAUCACAUCACAUUGAAACUACAUAAAAAUCAGUGCUGUAAAUGGAACUGCUUGGCUUUGGCCAUCUUCAUUUCUGCACAUCUCUUGCAGAAUCUGCACAAAGAAUUAUCUUCUCCCUUUGCUCCUCCUAAUUGUUCUUAUAUGUCAGUUGCUUUCUAUUCCAGUAUAUCCAGAGUGGUGAAAUGAUAAGGCCAGCCAUAUAGCCAAAGGUCGCUCCAAGUGUACAGGAGAUGGGCCAUACCUGAGGACAGAAUGUAUUGAAAUCAAAAAGAACAAAUGUUUUAUUAUUACCUGAGCACAAGUUAAGUGUAAUCCAAAUAUGUCUCUAUUAAAGCUUAUCAUGCUUCCUUAAAGAAUGCCAAAAGUGUAAUAAGGUCAUAAAUGCAUUCAUCAUGAACACUAAAAAAAAAGUACACAUUUUAGUUAAAGUGCAUUAAACUGUAACAAGGCUUCUGGCAAUUGUAGAUUUAGUUUGAUGCUCCCCAAACUGCAUGAUACAUGCUAAAAUUACAAAUUAAAAUUCCAGAUUCUGACAUCAUUCUAGACUCAGCUCUCUGAAGUAGGUGUUUUUUUUUUAAAUUUCCACAUUAGCUAUGAACAUUAAACGAAACAAGUGAGAAUACUGACCAAACCACAGGAGAGUUUCCUUUCGUUAAGUUGUAUUAAAGAGGAAAAACCUAGACUCAAGGCAUGUUACGUGGAAUCUGUGACAGCAGCUGCUUCCACAAUAAAGCUGAUGUCACCUUGCAGCUAGAUAUUGGAACCAUAUUAGUCACAGAACCACAACUUAAAUGUACACUUACAGUAUAAGAAAAGCAGAAUAGCCCUAGCCUCCAAACACCUAUUUUCUCCAUUCUUCUUUCACAUUAAGCCAGAAGUAAAUAAUCUUGAUUUAUUUAAUCAGAGGUAGUGUCUGUUAGUCCCUAGGUGAAAGGCUCUGCUUAAAAAAGCAUAAUUGGAAGCAAACUUUCAUGUUCAUCUGUAAAAGUCUGUUUGGUAUGCUGGAGUCAUUUUUAAUCUGUCUCUGGGAAAACAGGUCGUAAAACUGUGUUAAGAGGUGAACUAUCGUAAUAAUAGGUUCUGUUACCUAAUUCAGCUUCCUUCCUUCAUCUGCUAUGGAUCUGCCUUAUUCUAAAUGCCAUGCAACAGAGCUUUAGUGGGAACCAUCCAAUGCAGUUUAGAGAAGCAUGAUCUAACCCAGUUUUUCUAGGCUUUCUUACACUUGAACCUGCUGUAGCCUAACUGAUGAUUUCUUUGUCUUUGGUGGACUUCUGUUAAUUUCCAUGACUUGCGCUUAUAGCUUUAGCUUUGUCUGCUGCACAAAUUGGGUAAUGGAACACUAAACACUGAUACUUGAAAACGACAGCCUUAAAUGCUCCUAUCAGUCACAAAUCUAUGAUGUACUGUCUUGUAUGUGAGCUUUGUAGAGAUUUUUUUUAAAAAAAUACAAGCACCAUCUUUCCUACAGAAGAGUGGAGAGCCUGCUGGAGAACUAGCCAGGAGCUUUCUCUCAGAACUGGAAAUUGGAUGUCUUCUUUCUUCCCCAGAAAGUGGUUCAUAUUAAGUCUCAUGGCCUUAUGUAUGCUCAAAUGGAAACUUCUGUAAUUUUCUCAUUUCAUUUUUGUCUAUUUUUAGAUAGAAUUGAAAGGAAUUGUACAAAUCAAUUAACAUGUUAGCUAAGUUGCCCGACACAUGAUAUAAAGGAAUUGAGACAGUAAAGUAUUAUGCAUUUCCAAUUUGCCUUUAGAAAUUUGAUGGGUAUUUUUUUUCAACCUUACAUCUAUGGAACCCUUCACAUGUGGUUUACUAGGCAAUGAAAUCUAGAAUCUAUCCUUACCUAAGAUAAAUGGAUUAGGAACCUGGACAUACAAAGUAGUAUUACCUCUUGUUUCUGGACUGGGCCUCAGUUUCCUCAUCUUAUUACAAAUUAGGGGAGGUGGAAGAGGUACUUAGCGGUGUCUCGCCCAAUUAUCAGCUCUCACCAUUCUUUUCUUUCCCAUUCACAAUAAUCAUUGUGGGACCUGACCUUUCAUGUUUUUCAGACAGUAAGAAUCAUGUAUAUAGAUUAUUAGAACUCUAAGCAAAGAUGAUUGUAUCAUCUGAACCUGAGGUGCCUUAGGUACUCUAUUGACCUUGAUGGGGUUUGGAGUUUCCCAUUGCUUAUUCAGAGCUUUUUGUGUUGGUUAUUUAGCAUUUCUUUUUGCAAAGUAUUUCUUGCCACUUAAACUAAAAACCAAAGAUUUGUUUUCUAUUCAUAAGCAGAUUGUAGAAAAAAUGCCUUAUUUUUAGAAGCAUGUCUUCAUUAAAGGCUUAGGUUUCAAUAGAAAUUCAGACAAAUCUCUGGAAUGACUAUUUCAAACUAGUGAGCUAUCUGGGAAAUAAUAUACUUUAGAAAUAUUUUAUUAACAUGAGCUUUGUUAGUAAAUGCAGAUACACUACUUCCAAUAAGCUUAUUCUAUCCAUACAGGUACAUUUUAGGUUACCCAUGUUGAAAUAUCAUUUCUAAUAAGUACAGCCUGAAUUAAUGGUAUUUGUGAUGAAUUAUCUUAGAUACGGCUUCCAUUUGGUUUUUAAUUAUUAAUUUAAAUACUCUUACUGGUUUGUUGGAUAUUGCUUUUUAAAUGAUUGUUACUUUAACAGUGUCCCUUCGUAAUAUCUGGGGUUACAAAUAAAAUGAUAUGCAUAGUUUACUAUCUAUGAAAAGCA